CACUGUGGGAGAGUCGUUGGGCCUUCUGGGCUUCCUGGUCCUCAGCUCCGCCUCGCCUCGAUCUGGCCGGACAGGGGGAAACACUUCUCAGUUAAAGAACAAAAGCAACAACGGACAGACCGAGGAGGACGAAGUAACGGCGACUCCAGUUCAGACCCGAACCUCACGGAUUUGAGAGAUCCGCGUCCUCCGCGGCAAAGAACCGGCCGACGACUGAACUCACACGAAAGGCGACAAACUUGGUCGCGUCGCAUCUUUGUAUUCCGCCCGUAAAUCGUCGAGGUGCUUGAUAAAUAAGACAAGGGUCAAACAGGCAGACAGACGGUAUUGUUUCCCUGCUCUUCCUCUAAACUUCGGCUGUAAAAAAAGCAAAGUAGCAGAAGGGAAACUCCGGGUUUCCUUUGUUUUCUCUUCGCCCAAACGGACUUCGGGGAGAAAGGGUUGUUUUGGCGUUUUCGGUUUCUGUUGUGGGAUCUGCCUUUGUGAGGAGGCUACACUUAUCUUUCAGGACUGAGUACUUGGAAGUGGAACAAAGCCCGACUGGGAAAGGGGUGAGAAAUAGACGGUGAUGGAUUUUUCGUAGAUGCCCAUUCCACACGCCCCCACCCUUUGUGGCCGAUCCCCCCACUCACACAAAACAAAAGUGAAAGGCCUUGACAUCCCAGAUGGCAACCUACAGUGAACAUAAUGGCAGAAACGGACUAUUUGUGGGCAUGAAGGGGUCUUUCGAAGGAAAAGCAACAAAGACAGAAUGUGAAGGAAAGCUUGAAGCUAAACGGCCCUCCAAGGAUUUGCGCCACUCUGCCAGCUCAGCAGAGAGCAACGCAAGCGGUGUGGCUAGUUUCACCACUAACCACAACUCUGUUGUUUGUCUGCCUCUGGUGUCAGAGGGACUGAAACUAGUAUGGACACAGUCUGAUCAGACCCGUGAACUUGACACAAUCCCAGAGCUGGUCCAAGCCUUUAACUUAUUUCCGUACCCAUCAUCCCGUGAGGUUAACACCCUGGCCCGGCUAUGUUCCUUGCCGCUGGACAAAGUUAAGGUGUGGUUUAUGGUGCAGAGAAUUAAAUAUGGGAUCAGCUGGUCUUCAGAGGAGAUAGAGGAGACACGGCGGAAGCUAGCAGUACCUGAGCUUUAUGUUGACUCUACUGAAACAAACGAGGAUGGCAAAACAAACGACAAAAGCGAAAUUUGUGAGGAACUGGCAAUUGAGGAAAAAGGUAGCGAUGAAGUAGAGGGUGCUCUCACCAGCAUCACCCCCCAGAAAGUGAAACCAAAGUGUGAGUCACCAGAUUCCUAUAAACCAGCCAAACCCUCUGUCCCAUGUUUCAGUUCCACCCUUCCACCUCCUCAGGAUUCAUACUUCUACCGCCCACCAGCAGACACGCCAGCAAGUACAGCAACCGAUGUCUCCCUUGACCUUUCAGAGUCAUCUUCGCGGCAGCACCGUCAUGGGCGCUACAAAAAGUCUAAAGCUCAGCUCGCUGCUCUUCGAAAGAGCUUCCUGAGAGAGAACUGGCCCGCAGAGGCAGAGCUCAGACGUUUGCAGGAAGAAACUGGGCUGACCCGCAAUGACAUUCGUAAAUGGUUCAGUGACAGCCGUUACCAGCUUAGGGUUGGCCGAGGAAGCCUGGCAGCAGCCCAGAGCUAUUCUAAACACCCUGCUGUGGGGGGUAAACAUGAUCAACAAACUCAACCUCUUCCACUUAUUACUCAAAAGACUCGUCAUCCUAAUAGUGUGAAGGGCAGUGAGGCAGCACGUAGCAACGGGACUAAAAAUUCACAUUUCUUUCAGACCUUUUUGUCAAACACCCUGGAAGCCUUUGGGGAAAGGGUUCUUGAAACAGAAGAGUGUGAUGCUAUGGAGGAACUUUCUGGUGAUGGCGACAGUUUUAAAGACGAGGAACAAAGUGAAGAACAACCCUUACAAUUGACCAAGACCUGCAAGAUUGAGCCAGAUGUUCCACAGGAACCAUCAGGUGUAUUAAAAUCCUCCCCCUUCUCUUCCACCUCUGGCAGCCCACCACUGACCACCUCGCCCACUAAACCGCCUUCAAACAGCAACAACACAUCAAAGAAGUCAGCCCACCCAGCCAAAGCCAGUCCUUCACAAACACCCGUGCGCGUCUCAGGGGCUCCUUCAUCUGCAUCCACGUCCCCUGCUCUCACUCCUGCUGGGCGACCAAGAAAGACCAAGGAGCAGCUGGAUGUGUUAAAGCAGCACUUCUUGCGCUGCCAGUGGCCCAAGAGUGACGAUUACACUGAACUUGUUAAGCUUACAGGUUUACCCCGGGCAGAUGUUAUUCAGUGGUUUGGUGACACGCGGUAUGCUGUCAAAAAUGGUCAGCUACGCUGGGUGAAGGGGGUCCGUGACCAGUUCUUGGCAGAACUUGCUGCCCAGCAAAGUGGCAGUGGUUUAACUAAUGGAAGUGGCUCUGGGACAUCUACCCGAGUUGGCGGUAGCCGUAAACGAAAAUCUCAAGCAAAUGGAACAAGUGCAGAUCCCCCUGAUACUCAGCCAUUGAUAGCAUAUUACCUUUCAACAGGCUCACUACAUGAAAAAGACCUUGACUCUCUAUGCAAGAAAUCAAGAAUGAGCUACCAGCAAGUGCGAGAUUGGUUUGCAUCUCAGGAUGUUGUGGAAACUGACCAAGAGCCUAUCAUUACUGAUUGAGACACUGGAACCAGACUUCAGAACGUUUUAUCAAAGUAGGUGGAGUGCUCCUCACAUCCUUUGCACCAACAAGCAUAGUUAUUACUUUGGUUUAAAUUGCUUUAAUUGAGGCAGGUUUGAAACAUCCAGUCUUCCCAGUACAAGCCCCAAAUCAGGUUUGCGUUUUUUAUAUAUGCUGCAUUUCUUGCUUAUCCUAAUAUAUUUGGACUUGAAUUAUACUUGUGCUGCCUGUGUUGCUGUAAAUAGGACAGUAACUUGUACACUGGUUUGCGUUAUUUUUUUGAGCUUAUUAUUUUUGUUUAGAUAUCACUACUACAGAUUUUUCUAGUAUGCUAUUGUAGCAGUAUAAUUUAAACUGGUUGUACUUUUGGUACCUUACUAUAGCAGAUGAGUAACUGCUCCAGAAAAUGUCUACGUUGAAUUUGUUGACUGAUCACUGUGUGUCAUCAUUCCUUUACAGCCAAUAAUUCCUUAUCAUGAAAAGCACACUGGACAUGUACACUUUAAAAUGACAUCUUGCACUUUGGUUUUAGAGCCUGCUGCCAUUAUGUUCAUUAAAUCCAAUUCUUUCUCAAAAGAUGAA